AUGCGACGUCUCGGCUUCGCGGAGCCCAGCCCCGGCCAGGCAACUGAUCCUCUUCAAUUGGGCGAGUCGGAGCGAAAUGUCAUCUAUCCGCGUCUGUACGUUCGGGUGGCCGGCAAGAGAGGCUUGCAGGCGGCUGGCGCGUUGGUCGUAUGCUGUAAGAGGCAGAAAGUGGUUGACACGUUGAGGCGCUUGGUUACAGCCUCUUCCGGCACAGAAGAGAAUGCAACUUUACAUUACUCAGUAGACAUAACAAGUAGUAUAGCACGAUGA